AUGUCUGACUCUCGACGCACCCGUGGAGAUUCCUCCAAGCGCAAGAGUCACCAUGACUCAGAGGACUCGGUGCCUCGCAAAAAGCAGCAUCGCCAUGCCGACAGCGACGAAGACAUGCAACUCGAGGGGUCCGGAAACCACGAGACCGGCAACCCCAAGAGCAAAUCUACCCCGCGGGACAAGGAUUUUACAUCAAUCAACGAGCUUAAGAGGCGCAUCCGGGAUGUUAAGCGUCUUCUCAAUAAAGGCACUCUGCCCGUAGAUGCCCGGAUUGUUCAAGAGCGAGCCCUCGCAGGAUAUGAGCAGGAUCUGGCGGACGAAACAGCGCGGCGCGAUCGAUCGCACUUGAUCAAGAAAUACCACUUUGUUCGCUUCCUGGAUCGCAAAACUGCAAGCAAGAAUCUGAACAAACUCCUCCGUCGCGAAAAAGACCAAGAACUCGACUCGAAACAGAAAGCCCGCCUUCAACAAAAGAUCCACGAGGCUCGGGUUAGCCUCAACUACACUAUCUAUUACCCCCUCACCGAGAAAUACAUUUCGCUCUACCCGAAGUCGCAAGAGAAGUCCUCAAAAGAAGCCGGUGCAGAGUCAGGGUCAGAAGCAGACGCCAAAGACCAGAAGAACCAAGACAAAGAGGCCAAGCCCCCGCUUUGGGCGGUCGUGGAGAAGUGUAUGGCAGAUAACACCAUUGACCGUCUUCGCGAGGGCAAGUUGAACAUUGGAUUCGAUGGCAAGCCCAUCACCGUCUCUGAGAAGCCAGCACAAGAAGUCAAGGAAAAGAAACCCAAAAAGGAAGAGUUCAAUGAAGCUCAGUAUGGCUCGAGAAGGGAAAGACGUGCUGCUGCGAACUCUGUGCCGAACGGUAGGCGGGACCAGAAGAACUACUACGGCCGCGAGAGAGAUCGCCUGCAAGAUGUGGCACCCGUUCAACCCGCUGGUGCUGGGGAUGAUAGUGAUGGCGGAUUCUUCGAAGAGUAA